UUCAUUUAUUUAUUUAGCGCUUAUCUUCAUCAGUGCCGAUGUAUGAUUUAUUCUUUUGUUGCUUUUGUUACGAUGCCUGCGUUGUUUUAAAGAACAGCCUUUUCCACGUUGCAUUUUGAAAUCAUAAUUUACAUCUAAGUAGAUUUUUGGAGCUAAGCGAAUCGGUGACAAUGUAGUUAUAAAGGAAAAACACUGCACGGAACAUUAGAUUAAAUGUGCAUGAACAUGGAUGAAGAAGGAAAACAGAAUAGUUAAUUGACUGAUGCUCGUUUUCGUUAGUCGGAGUACAGCUGUAUUGAGGCGGAUUUCAAUUUAACCCACUGACUGCGAAAUUUUAUUUCUUUUUUUGGAAGCAGUGGUGUUGUUGUUUUGUUUUGUUUUUCUUAAUCCAAAGCGGAAAAUGUAACGGUUUAAUUGAAUCGCAGUGUCCGUGUCGCCAUCACUCCACUGCGCCAGGAUGGAGCGAUCGCCACGCUGGAGAUGACGCAAAUGACCCAGCUCUCCCCCAAAAAAAGUGAUUCACGACGAACAUGGCGGCAACUUAGCACAGGACCAAAGAUGAUUGUGACUAUCACCCGAAAAAGCUCGGACCAUCCGCCCAGACCCGGUCCAGGAAAUUCGGCGGGACGCAGCGCGAAGUUCUCUCCUUCCCUUGACGAACGCCGGUAGAGGGAGAGGAGGAGACGAGAAGAGGCGGCAUCCCAGAGACUCAUCCACGGAGGAGAGGAGAGGAGGAGAGGAGCGACAUGCUGGCGCGGAGGAGCGGGCUUUCCUCCCGAGAGCCACGGACUACGGGAAUAUGCCAGUGUGUGCUUUAUUGUCUGUCCGUGCAUUAAGUGAAUAGCGGAUCGACACAGAAAUAGCAGGAGAGAGCGAGUGAGACAGAGAGACAGAGACACACACACACACACACACACACAGAGAGAGAGAGAGAGAGAGAGAGAGAGAGACGCGUUUACAAGGGAAAAAAAUCCAUCUAGUCCACCCCCCCACCCCCCAAAGUCAAUGAAUAUUGUGGCAGAGGAGCCGUCGCGGUGGAGUCGGCCGGCGCCGCGCUUUCCUAAAAUAUGACCAGGGGUGCUCGGACGUGUCGGCAGCAAGAUGACGGCUUGAACAUCCGCUCUGCACCCCGCCAGGACGAGAAGCCAUCCGCCGAUUCGGAACGGGCCCAGCGAUGGCGACUGCGCUUGGCCUCCUUCUUGUUUGCGAGCGUCCUGCUCGCUGAUCGCCUGUGGCUGUGCGCCGCGGCCAAACCGACGAGCACUAACGGCGAGCGACGGGACGCGGUGGCGUUCAGGGACACGGGGGAUCAGGAGUACCGAUCUUUUCCCGGCACCACCGACUAUACACAUCUUUUCGCAGGGAAUUCUAGCACACCUCUGUGGAGACUGGAAGCGUGCCACCCCGACAGCGUCUCCAAAAGCUGCUUCGCGGUGGCGGACGCCGAGGCUGCGUGUUCGGGCCUCUCGGACGCCGAGUGGAAUCUGAGUGAUUUGUACCUGCCCUUUUGUGAUUCCUACUCCCUUUUGGAUUUGUUUUACGGGUUCUCGAGUCCGGGCAACGUGAGCUGCGGCCUCAAUAUGUCGACGUGUUCCCGGUGUGUCCGGGCUUACCAGCACCUCGACCGGCGAGCUCAGGAGAGGUACCAUGAGUUUGAGCUCCUGGUUCAGAAAUACGAAACGGACGCGUAUUCGGUGCGGACAUGCAUGGAUGAAUGCACGACUGUCUACAAACACUGGCUGUGUUUCCAGUACUUCCAGACCACACAGAUGCAUUGCAGCAACAGGAUCCCAUGCAGACAGUACUGCCUGGAGGUCCAGCAGAGGUGUCCCUUCAUAUUGCCUGACAACGAUGAGUUAAUUUAUGGUGGAAGCCCUAGUUUUAUAUGCACAGGGCUCCUGGAAGACAGCCCUUCAGAUGUAGAAGCAGAGUGCUGUGAUGUUCGAUGGGACAGUAAGUCUGACAACAGCUCCAAAGGGACUUUCAAAAGAACUCACCCGUCAUGCCAGCACGGGACGUCCCUGAGCUCGUCAGCAAACUCCAGACUGUGCAACAGCAGGCUCAAACUCUGCCUGCUAGUCCUGGUCCUGCUCCAUACUGUGGCCACAAUCACAGCCUCCCACAACCUCAGCACCAUGUCCUCUCUGGAGGAGAACUCCACCAAUGAUGAGUGAUGAGGCAGGCGAACGUUACGGCCAACAAACGUCAGUUCUCAGUCCAGCUCGGAUUGACUACAGUGCUUUCGGGGAAUCCUAAUGCAGGAUGGGAUUACUGUGGACAUGCAAUCAACAAAGCAAACAAACGGACGGACAGACGGACUUGCGAACGUUAACAAACACUGGACAAACUUAAUCCAAUGUCAUGAACAAGGGACAACACCACAGCCUUUUGUUGAAAGAGACCUCUCUAGGGUGGAGUUCUCUCGCACCAUAUUUUUUACACUGUGUCAAAUGGUUUGGAUUUCAGUUGCACUAGAUGACUACAGGAUCUCUUCAUGUUCUCGUUUUCUUUUCAUUACUGGUCUUUGUGCAGGAAAGGAUGGGACACAUGGAUGGGUUACAUGUAUAUUAUCAAAAUGAAAACACAAGUGUGUGCAUGUGUGUGUAUGUGUGCACAUCUGUGCCCAACCAUAUGCUUUAUAUGCUGCUCUGUCCAUCACAAGGAUUACUAUGGAGCCUAGAAAACAGUUUUAAUAAGUCAGAAAGUGGAAACCUACCUAAUUGAAUGUCCAAAAUACUCAGCUGAAACCCAGCAUUCUAAUUCGCUAUUCGAUUCUCCCUUACUUUAGCUGACUGUGCAUACAGUAGUUUUACCAUUGCAAUGUCGCUGGGACAGUAGAUCAGGAAAUUUCAAGGCUCCAGAUAUGUGUGCAAUAUAUAGAAGAAUUACUGACUGGAAGUAGAAGUGCUUGCUGAAAAAGCCUUUGUCAAAUUGUAAUCUUUGGAAUACGAUUCACUACUGAGGUAAAUGUUUCCUCUUCUGUAUGUCCACUCAACCUGCACAAAAGCAUACACUCCCUAAGUCUGCUUUUUUUCCCCCUGCCCUUAGUAGUAUAUUUAUACAGAUAUAUUCUCUACUCUAUAUUCGAUAACUGCAUGUUAUUACUAAUGUUUAGACUAAACAGUCUAAAUUUUAUUAAUAAACCCAAAUGAUAUGAAGACGUUCAUAGCUCAAUGCGUUUUAAGCAGAUCUCAGCUGAAAUGACUAAUGAUUUUAUUUGGAAUAUGGACUUAGCCAGGAAGAACUUAAGGGACAAAACAACCUAAAGAGUAACCAUUGCUUUGCUGAAUAUCUCAUAUCUUCCACAGUAAAGGGCUUUUUCAUUGUUUACACAUGCACACAUUCACACACUUCUGCAAUUCUUGCUUGUAGAGAGUAAUAUGGCAUGGACUGCUCAGUUGCAAUUUUUUUUCAUCCUAGAAUAGAUAUGUAUUAAUAAAAAAUAUAUAUUUGUUGCUGCAUAGACGUGACGAUCAACCAUGUAGUCACGCAGCUCCCUAUGGCCAGGUCCCUUAUGAGAGACCCAAAGAUAUGAGAGUUGUUUUUUUCUGUCUUUCUUUCUUUCUUUCUUUCUUUCUUUCUUGACUGAGCAGGAGCAGGGGAGGAGAUGCUAAGGGCUUAUUUCCUGUGUUUCCCCCCCUUUUCUACAGUUAUACUCUAACAAAUGAGCUACAUUCAUAUUCAUAGUGGCUCAGAGACACAAUAACGAUUAGCAUUUUAAGACCAUGAGUGUUUGGAUUUGUACUUCAUGAUUAAUCUGAGUCACGUUAGUUUGGUCUCCAAUCAGCAUUCUUACGCCAGCAGAAGAGUCGGAGUCAGCGACUUUCAUUCUGCAAUACAACCCAAAUCAUUUCAAUUGAAAUAUAUCACUAACUAGCAUUGGCUUCUUUUAUAGAUCUUUUAUAGACCAACGGCUUUGGGAUUUUAUGGGUUCCUCUGCACUUUUAUGAAAAAGCAUGGAUCUAAAAUACUGAUGUCCUAUGGAAGGCAUUUACCAAGAACAAAUUUAAGAGAUAUACAUAUACACCUCCUUCUUUUUUUUUUCUUUCUUUUUUUUUUUAGGGUUUUUGUCUUUUGUUUGUUUGUUUUUGUUUUGUUUUUACAAGAAACUAAGGAUGGUAGAUCAAGUAGAUAAACUCUUUGACCUCAGUAGCCCCUAACCUUAUUGUAUUUCUGCAAAAUACGUACUAAUUCCUUUAUUCUGAAUAUUAGAACAUUAAACUAUAUUGGGUUUGAAACUAAGAUUUCAAUGCACUGGAGUUGCACUGGAGUUGAGGUUGCUGAUUUAUUUUAGGAGACUGAAUUAAUUGUGCAUUCACCAGACUUGCUUUGAUGGAACAUGAAUGCUAAAUGAAUGAGCUGGGGACAUAAAUUAGUAAAACAGUCACAACCUUCA